GCUGUGGCGAAUCUGCCGCGGCGGAGGUGUCGGUAACGGGGCCGGCAGGCAGCGCGGCGGCCGCGGGGGGCUCCGCGGGGAGGCGGCCUGGAGGCGGCCGUAGGGCGGUGAGGGCCGGGUGGGCGCCGGGCGGGGGUCCGGAGGGGUGGUUCGGCUACCCCUCGGCCCACCGGGUCCGAGUACGGUCUCCGCCAUCCCCGGUGUAGGACGCGGCCGGGCCGGCGGUGACUAGGGAGGGUCCCCGAGGGCGGGAAGCGGGGUGCUGUGGGGCCCAGCCCCAUCCCUGACAGCACCGGGCCGGGCUGUCGGGGCCCCGCCAACCCCGCUCCGACCCCCGCACUUUUAAAAGCAGGUACAAAAAAGUAAAAGGAUUUGUAUAACCUCAACGGUAACGGAGUCUGACUGGUAAAAACCCACCCCGCGUCCCCUUUCUGUUUGGUUUAUGCAUGUGGAGGCUCUGGGGAGAGCGAGGGGCCCCAGAGGAACUCCCCAGCCGUUAGCCAUGGCUGUACCUAUUGCAGUUCUUGACUGUGACCUCUUGCUCUACGGCCGCGGACACAGGACUUUGGAUCGCUUCAAGCUGGAGGAUGUCACGGAUGAGUAUCUAGUAUCCACGUACGGCUUUCCCCGAGAGUUCAUUUACUACUUGGUGGAUCUCCUGGGAGCCAGUCUCUCCCGCCCUACGCAGCGGUCCAGGGCCAUCAGUCCCGAGACACAGAUACUCGCCGCCCUGGGUUUCUAUACCUCUGGCUCCUUCCAGACCCGUAUGGGGGAUGCUAUGGGCAUCAGUCAAGCCUCCAUGAGCCGCUGCGUCACCAAUGUAACUGAGGCAUUGGUAGAAAGGGCCUCACAGUUUAUUCACUUUCCUGAGGAUGAGCUUACUGUUCAGAGCCUGAAGGAUGACUUUUAUGGGUUGGCAGGCAUGCCAGGAGUGCUGGGGGUGGUCGACUGCACCCACGUGGCAAUCAAAGCGCCAAAUGCUGAGGACCUGUCCUACGUGAACCGAAAGGGUCUCCAUUCCCUGAACUGCCUGAUGGUGUGUAAUGCCAGAGGAGUCCUCCUGAGUGCAGAAACGCACUGGCCAGGCAGCCUGCCCGACUGCACGGUGUUACAGCAGGCAGCCCUGACGAGCCAAUUUGAAGCUGAGCUACAUAGAGAUGGCUGGCUACUUGGUGACAGCUCCUUCUCUCUCCGAACGUGGUUGAUGACCCCUCUGCAUAUCCCUGAGACACCUGCAGAGUAUCGUUACAACAUGGCGCAUUCUGCCACUCACAAUGUCAUCGAGCGGACAUUCAGAACCAUUCGGUCGCGUUUCCGCUGCCUGGAUGGGUCCAAAGGCACCCUGCAGUAUUCUCCGGAGAAAUCCAGCCACAUCAUUCUGGCCUGCUGCGUGCUCCAUAACAUCUCCCUGGAGCAUGGGCUGGACGUGUGGUCUUCCCCGGCCGCGGGACACAUGGAACAACUGGAAGAAGAGUAUGAGCAGAUGGAAUCAAUGGACUCAGAAGCGUGUCGUAUUCGUCAGGAGCUUUUACUUACUCAUUUUAGCUAAUGUUGUGACAGAGGAAAGAUACACAGAGGAAACAUGCCCUUUCCUUUCCUUUAAGCUUGAAAGGACUAAGCAGACAUGAGAUGAGGAGAAAUUUUACUCUCUUCACUUCGGGCAGUAUUCUGAACUUCUCUCCAUCUCUCCAGAGAUGCAAUUUCAUUGCCAAAUUUUUACUGUUGUCAUGCUUAUAGACUCCCCUUUCAUCUGAUUUAGACAGCAAUGACUAAUGUGAGAUCGGUGGAGAAACUUGGGAAAUUGCCUUUAAUAAUUGUGAGAGAACUGUAAGCCUCACAGUAUUUUACAAAGCAACAAUUCUAUGCCACUUUGUAACCCAAAACAUUAAGGAUUGAUUUUUAAACAGUAUUUCAUGCAAAUUAAAAUUCCGUGCGGA